AUGUCAGAAAGGUGCGGGCAGGAGCCAACGAGGUGGAUAACGACGGUCAUUAUGAGCACAGCUCUGCAGGAUCAUGAAAUUUCUACAGUUCUGCAGAGGCAACAACACCGAGUUCGAUAUUCAGAAUCAGUGGAAACUGGAUCUGUGAUUUUUCCUCUUUCUGGCAUUGCAUUUAUACUGUCAGACACUCAAGACUUGCUUAGGACAGGGGAAGAAGAGUUUUCCAAAAGAAUUCAGAAGUUCAUAAACAUUCAUCGGAACAGCUUUUUGGUUUUGUCAGCUGCUCUUCAUGGACCAGAAGAAUGGAGUGUCAUGUUCAGGAUUCAGAGAAGAUUCUUGGGCAGCAAUUUACGUGUAAUACCAGUUCAUAAUCCUGCUGAAACUGUUAAAUUAAUGCUAACUAUGGCUAAGGUUACUUCCAAACCAGGAGCAGAUGAUACUCGUUGCAAAAUGGAAAUGACAAAAGCCCAAAUAAUAGAAAAAAGUCCAGUUCGGAAGUUGGUUCAGGAGUACCAAUUGCACUGUAAUUAACUUAAUAGUUGGUU